UCCAGAGACAGAGCCCCCUCCCCGCCUCGUUUCCAUCGCCACCACCCCGCCCGCCCGCCGCCGCCCCCAGCCAUGCAGAGCCUCCUCGUCCCCACCGCCGCGGCCUGCGCGGCGCCGUCGGCGUCGCGCCCCCGGCCGGCCCGCGUCUCCGUCCGCGCCUCGGCGUCGGCCGCCGCGGCGGCCCCGCCCCGGCGGGAGACGGAUCCGAAGAAGCGGGUGGUGAUCACGGGGAUGGGGCUGGUCUCCGUCUUCGGCAACGACGUCGACGCCUACUACGACCGCCUGCUCGCCGGGGAGAGCGGCGUGGGCCCCAUCGACCGCUUCGACGCCUCCAAGUUCCCCACGCGCUUCGCCGGCCAGAUCCGGGGCUUCUCCUCCGAGGGCUACAUCGACGGCAAGAACGACCGCAGGCUCGACGACUGCCUCCGCUACUGCAUCGUCAGCGGCAAGAAGGCGCUCGAGUCCGCCGGCCUCGCGCUCGGCUCCGACGCCAUGGCCAAGAUUGACAAGGCCCGGGCUGGUGUACUUGUGGGGACUGGUAUGGGUGGCCUCCAAGUGUUUUCUGAUGGUGUUCAGAAUCUUCUCGAGAAGGGCUACAGAAAGAUAACUCCUUUCUUCAUCCCAUAUGCCAUAACAAACAUGGGAUCUGCCCUGCUGGGCAUGGACAUUGGCUUCAUGGGUCCAAACUACUCUAUUUCAACUGCAUGUGCUACCUCGAACUACUGUUUCUACGCUGCAGCAAACCAUAUUCGCAAAGGCGAAGCCGAUGUGAUGAUUGCUGGUGGCACUGAAGCCGCCAUUAUUCCGAUUGGUGUUGGUGGGUUUGUUGCAUGUAGAGCACUAUCACAGAGGAACGAUGACCCUAAAACAGCAUCUAGGCCUUGGGACAAGGAGCGUGAUGGUUUCGUCAUGGGUGAAGGAGCUGGAGUACUGGUCAUGGAGAGCUUAGAACAUGCAAUGAAACGUGGUGCACCAAUAGUUGCGGAGUAUCUAGGAGGUGCUGUGAACUGUGAUGCUUACCAUAUGACUGAUCCAAGAGCCGAUGGUCUUGGUGUUUCAUCUUGCAUCAGACAAAGUCUUCAAGAUGCUGGUGUGGCACCAGAGGAGGUUAACUACAUCAAUGCUCAUGCAACAUCCACCCUUGCUGGUGAUCUGGCAGAGAUGAAUGCCAUCAAGCAAGUCUUUAAGGACCCAUCUGGGAUAAAAGUAAACGCAACCAAGUCCAUGAUAGGGCAUUGCCUAGGUGCAGCAGGUGGUUUGGAAGCCAUUGCUACUAUUAAAGCGAUAAACACUGGAUUGGUGCAUCCGAGCAUAAACCAGUUUGACCGGGAGCCUGCGGUUGAAUUUGACACGGUACCCAACGUAAAGGUCGAACAUGAAAUCAAUGUUGGUAUCUCAAAUUCCUUUGGAUUUGGAGGACACAACUCGGUGGUCGUAUUCGCCCCAUUCAAGCCUUAAUGCGGUACAUGCUCGACAAAUCUUGGCCAGAACAGUGAAGGUUUUUUUUUCAGGAAGCUCUUGAGUUAUUUCGAUGUGUUCUCUUCCGGGAAGCAACUGUCGAUCUGACAGCCAGCAACAUUACAAUGAACAGAGGAUCCAAGAUCCAUUGCAUUUUAGAUACACCCAUCUCCGAUUAGAUUUGAGAACACCGUGUAACCUUCUGCAUCGCUUGCAGUCGAUUCUACUUGUUUUCGUGUAAUUUGUCAUGUAGAAACAAACACUAGUUCUUCUGUUCCGUAGAGAGAGUGCAUUGGAGGGCAAGGAGUUUGUCUGUACUACCUGAUCUGGGGGGAAAUCUAUAUUAUCACAAUUUUUUGCUGUUUCCAGUCCCUUUGUUGUAGUCUAAUAAAAACUGUAAUGUUUCAGUCUUA